AUGUGGGAGCCCGGUGCUGUUCCCUGCCCAGAUAUAUUUCCAACUGACGGCCAGUCUGAACAUACAACUCCUGCAAAAGUGGUGAGGGCUGCCAACCCAAGACAGCGGAAAGGAAGUAAGGUUGGUGACUUCGGUGAUGCCACAAACUGGCCAACACCUGGAGAAAUAGCCCACAAGAGCGUCCAGCAGCCACACAAAGCACCGUCCCUCCGGAAACUGCCUGUCAAGAAAGACAUGAAAGAGCAGGAGAAAGGGGAUGGGAGCGACAGCAAAGAGAGCCUGAAAACCAAAUCAGAUGAGUCUGGGGAGGAGAAGAAUGGUGACGAUGACAACCAGAAGUCAGCUCAGAAGAAGAAAGGCAACAAACACAAGUGGGUCCCUUUGCAGAUCGACAUGAAGUCAGAGGUGCCUAGGGACAAAACGGCCUCUCGGAACAACCGGCAAAACGAGCAGCACAGGCACCCCUCCAACAACCGCAGUGAGCUGAAAGGCUGGCACCCGGACAACAAGCAUGAGCGCAGCUGGCAGGACCACGAUGAAACCUCCAGCGUGAAGAGCGAGGGAGGAGCUGUGCGAGGGACCUUCCGGGGCCGAGGCCGGGGACGUGGCAGGGGACGUGGCCGUGGCAGAGGAGGUGAUGACUGGCAUUUCGACUACCAGUAUGGGUACCGGAAAUUCGAGGGCUCGGAUGGCUCCCGCACCCAGAAGUAUGCUAGCAACAUCACUUACUACUUUGACAACAUCAGCAGCGCCGAGCUCUACAGCGUGGACCAGGAACUGCUCAAGGACUACAUCAAGCGGCAGAUAGAAUAUUACUUCAGUGUGGACAACCUGGAGCGAGACUUCUUCCUGCGUCGCAAGAUGGACUCGGAUGGCUUCCUUCCCAUCACCCUGAUUGCCAGCUUCCACCGGGUGCAGGCGCUGACCACUGACAUCAGCCUUAUCAUUAAGGCUCUGAAGGACAGCAAAGUGGUGGAAAUCGUGGACGAGAAGAUCAGGAGAAAAGAGCAGCCAGAAAAAUGGGCUCUGCCUGGCCCUCCUAUGGCAGACUACACACAAACAGACUUCUCACAGUUCAUCAACUGCCCUGAGUUUGUGCCCCGGCAAAGCUUCCAGAAAGAGACAGAGUCUGCUCCUGGCUCCCCGCGUCCCGCCAGCCCAGUCCCCACCAAAACGGAGGAGGUCAGUAACCUGAAGACGAUGCCCAAGGGCCUGUCUGCAAGUCUGCCAGACCUGGAUUCAGAGACGUGGAUUGAAGUGAAGAAGAGACCUCGACCCUCGCCAGCCAGGCCCAAGAAACCAGAGGAGUCAAAGACACCACAGCAGCAGAAGCAGAAGGACCAAGAUGAACCUGAGGAGCUAGACUUCCUCUUUGAUGAGGAGAUGGAGCAGAUGGAUGGCCGCAAGAACACCUUCACUGACUGGUCAGAUGAAGAUUCGGAUUAUGAGAUCGACGAUCGGGAUGUGAACAAGAUCCUCAUCGUGACGCAGACGCCUCCUUACCUGCGCCGGCAUCCUGGCGGGGACCGGACUGGUAACCACACAUCCAGGGCUAAAAUGAGCUCAGAGCUGGCCAAGGUGAUCAACGAUGGGCUGUACUACUACGAGCAGGACCUGUGGACAGAGCAGUUUGAGCCAGAGUAUUCGCAGAUCAAGCAAGAAGUGGAGAACUUCAAGAAGGUGAAUAUGAUCAGCAGGGAGCAGUUUGACACCCUGACCCCAGAGCCCCCCGUGGAUCCAAACCAGGAAGUCCCUCCUGGUCCCCCCAGGUUCCAGCAAGUACCUACAGAUGCUUUGGCUAACAAGUUGUUUGGAGUCCCUGAGCCUUCAACCAUUGCCCGGUCUUUGCCUACGACUGUACCAGAAUCACCCAACUACCGCAACGCCAGGACCCCCCGGACCCCUCGCACACCUCAGCUGAAGGACCCGACACAGACGCCCCGGUUCUACCCGGUGGUGAAAGAGGGCAGGACGAUAGAUGCCAAGACUCCACGGAAGAGGAAGACGAGGCACAGUUCAAACCCCCCGAUGGAGUGCCAUGUGGGCUGGGUGAUGGACUCUCGGGAGCACAGGCCCCGAACUGCCUCAAUCAGUUCCAGCCCCUCGGAGGGGACCCCAGCUGUCGGAAGCUACGGAUGCACCCCGCAGUCCCUGCCCAAGUUUCAGCAUCCUUCGCACGAGCUGCUCAAGGAGAACGGCUUCACGCAACAUGUCUACCACAAGUACCGUCGGCGCUGCCUUAACGAGCGGAAACGACUGGGCAUUGGUCAGUCCCAGGAGAUGAACACGCUCUUCCGGUUCUGGUCCUUCUUCCUCCGAGAUCACUUCAACAAGAAAAUGUACGAGGAGUUCAAGCAACUGGCUGUGGAGGAUGGGAAGGAGGGAUACAGGUACGGUCUGGAGUGCCUUUUCAGAUACUACAGUUACGGGCUGGAGAAGAAAUUCCGGCCAGACAUAUUUAAGGACUUUCAAGAAGAGACCAUCAAGGAUUACGAAGCUGGACAGCUCUAUGGGCUGGAAAAGUUCUGGGCCUUCUUAAAAUAUUCCAAAGCCAAAAAUCUGGACAUUAACAGCAAACUGCAAGAAUACCUCAGCAAGUUCAAGCGCCUCGAGGACUUCCGAGUGGAUCCACCCAUGGGGGAGGAAGGUGGACACAAGAGAUACCCUACGACGUCAGGGGGAGAUGGCAGGAAGCGCUACCCAUCCCAGUCUUCCAGCAAAACGGUCAGCCAGUGCCCAUCCAGCCAAGCCCAUGCCUCACCCAGCCAGCCUGCACAAGAGGAUGCCAAAAACCUGAGCCAGCAAUCUCCUGCCCCGUCGGCUGCAGAAUCGCAGACAGUGGGGAAGUAGAGAGGCUGCAGUGUCUGCUUCCUGCCAGGGGACAGGGUGGGUUGGUGGGGGACUGGCUCGGAGAAGGGGAGAUGUGAGGGAGUGGGACAGGAAGGGAGCUGGAAGGUGGGUGCCCAGGAAUAGGCUGCUUGGGAGAAACUUCAACGCACACGAUUUUUUUUUCUCUCGUGGCUGGAAAGCAAAGAUGAUCUGCAUCUAAAACACCAUUUUGCUAUUACAAACCUGACCAGAGCCAGACCUGCUCCCAGCAGACCCACCCUUUGCUUUCCCUUCCCUCCCCUCCUGUGCACAUGCUCAUGUCUUAGUGUCUCUUCAAAAAAAAAAAAUGUUCUGGCUGGGUUGGAAAGGGGAGAUUUUUUUAUUAUUAUAUAUAUAUAUCAAGUUUUAAAUUAUUGCUAGAAGUUCGUCUGGAUUUACCAAAACAAGUCUGCUCUGUGUGGCCCCAACAACUCCCCUCUGUGUCCCCCCUCGGAUCGCAGGGCAGCCUGCUGAGGAAGCUCGGAGGAGCGAGGUUCCCUGAUGGGGGACCGAAGCCGCAGUGUGUCACGAUGCUGCGGAGCCUCUGAUCUCCAUUACCUGGCU